GUCAAAGUCAACAAAAAAUUGCUAACCUUCCUUUUUUUCUCUUUGAGUGGAAAAACUGAGGAUUAAAUGGGAAUAAAUUUCGUGAUUCAAUAUAAUUAUUAAUUACUGGAUGCUUUGUAGCGAAAAGCAAGUACAAAAUUUGUACGGUAAAUGCCUGUUUACUAAAUCUUAAACUACAGUUUUUUCGCUAGGUAGUGCGCGCCGGUGAAAUUGUGAUCAUGGCGAAUCCGUCAUCAGGCGUUGUGGUUCCUCGAAACUUUCGUCUGCUAGAAGAACUUGAACAAGGCCAAAAGGGAGUGGGCGAUGGAACCAUAUCAUGGGGCCUCGAGAGCGAUGAUGACAUGACCCUUACUCACUGGACUGGGAUGAUAAUUGGCCCUCCUAGGACGCCUUAUGAAAAUAGGAUGUAUUCACUUAAAAUUGAGUGUGGUACCAGAUACCCCGAUGCACCGCCAACUGCUCGCUUUAUUUCUAGAAUCAACAUGAACUGUGUAAACAGUCAGACUGGACUUGUUGAUAAUAGACAAGUUCCAAUCCUUGCUAGAUGGGAACGUGAUUACACUAUCAAGACAGUUCUGCAGGAACUGAGACGUCUCAUGACAUUGAAGGAAAACAUGAAGCUGUCACAGCCGCCAGAGGGAAGCACUUUCUAGUUACUAUUUCGAAAGUUUUCUCAAUAGACCCAAUCUACCUGUUUUUCACUUUGAAUUCUCACAAUGCUGU